AUUCAUCAAGUGUCGGUCAUCUCAACAUAAAAUUUAGAAAAUGAUGGCGAACAGAACGAUGACAUCGAGUACAUUCAUCAUCGUCAUAUUGGGCUCGGUGUUCAUCGGAUCACAUGGAGUACCCACUAUAGAUCCUACCACUGAGCUGGUAACGGAUUUCAUAGUCAAUGAAGGGCCAACAGACAUGGGGGCGGAGGAGGAGUACGUAGAGGAAAUCACAACGCUACCGAUGGAUGAUGAGACGGUUGCCAUGACGACAGAAGAGUCAUUCACAACAUUCAUACCAGAUGAGGAAGAGAAAGGGCCGAGAAUUUGGAAAUCCGUUACAGUAAAAUUUACGUUGCCUGAUAAAUCGCCUACCGAUAUCGGAGAGCCUCUAAGACUAGAGAUUAGAAAUGCGAUCAAUCCAAUUCUGAAGGAGAAAUUUGAGGACUACAAUGCAUCGUCCAUUGCAUUUAGUUCGGGUAGUCUCAUAGCGAAUGUGAAACUAGACUUUAGAUUGCGGAUCACGGUAGAAGAAAGACGAGAGGUGAUCAAGGUCUUUUACGAGAUGGUCGAGCGGAAUAAUACCCUUGGAAGCCUUCGUGUUGAGAAGCUUUAUGUAUUGAAUGUACAAGGAUCGUACGAUAGGAUAGAUGAUGCCUGUCACAUCACCCGUUGUCCAUCCGGAAUGACAUGCUUUACUGAUGGGAAUGAUUGUACGUCUGUUUGUACGACCAAUCAACACUACUGUCAUCAUGGAACAUGUGAGAAGGUGUCUAAACGGUCUCCAUUCAUCACAUGCCAUUGUGAAGAGGGUUACACCGGUGGAAGAUGUGACAAAGAGAUACGCGAUGAGAGCGAGGGUAAACCUGAUCUUUAUGUAGGGAUCAUUGCAGCGAGUGUGAUAGCAUGUAUCAUCGUUCUGGCUAUCCUUCUCGGAACCUGUAUCAACCUCUUCAAUAAGAGACGCAUUAGAACUGGAAGAUCUGAAGAGCUGUUCGGCAUCGAGAACGUGGUAGCUUUAGAGCUGAUGGACGAGAAGUCGCAUUUGGGCGGCAUGGCAACCCAGACGGACGAGAGCUUCUUACUCGCCCGCUCGCACAAAGAUGGUGUCGCCCCCAAGGCCGGCCACGCCCACAAAUCAUGCAGACUACCGACUCGUUCCUAUUGUCAAAGGCGCAGCUGCUCAGAGCACAUGGUGGUUCGGCGACGCGCUACAGAGGGGCGGGGUCUCCAGUGGGCGUGGUCAGUGGCAACACACGCCGCCUGAGUGAUCGACCAUCGGAGAGUAAGAUGACUGGUGCCGAUGCCGCACCCAGCACCAGCGCUGCCGGAGCCAACGGUGUAGCGAGGAAGCCAUCAACCAAGAAAGAGCGGGCUCCAGCCCCUCCUCAACAAAGCCCCACCUCCAUCUCUCAACAUGAAGAAGCCACGCCCUCCACCAGUAAAGUCGAAGACCUUCCCAUUUCUUCAGAAGAAAGCGCGCCAAAGCUGGCGGAUCCUCAAGUCGAAAAAGACGAGGGAAACAUAGAGGUGCCUCCUCCCGAAAAGCCGAUAAAAUCGAUCGACGGUGACGAAGUGAUUUCGGAUGUUUAUUCGGGAAGAAAGAUACUCAAAGUUUAGCCAAAUCAUUUUUCAUCUCUUGAUUGAUCUGAGAUGAAACUUUAACCCAUGAACCUGGACAAUGAUGUACUAUUUUCACGAUUAUAUUCUCCGCUUGUACUAUGUAUACCUCAGUCACACCGCCUAACCGACUACAGACCGAUUCCGAACCGUCUUGUUUUUUGCCAUAUAGGGGUAAUGUAAAUUUUGGGGUCGGUUUUGUCGGUGUGACUCGGGUAUAAAGCCUUCAUCUUGUCCGUUUAAAACCGAUGAAUUCCAAAGUCCGUCCGAAGACGAACCAAAGUGUCCGACCUCUCCAGACGAUGAGGUGCAGCAGUACUCCCCCUUGAAAUCUAGCACAGACAAUAUUGAAUCUGCCAUGUCACCAUUCCACCAUGCCAAAUCUAUUUUUAUGAUGAGCACAGAUAGAAAUUUAAACAAAGUAAACUUAAUAUGACUGUAGGUAACAGGGAUACAUGACUUGUCUUGGCAGGUGCGGGCUGCAUGACUCUUGCCCGAAUGCGUCUUAUAUUUUCGUACCACGGCGAGCCCAGAUAGAGCUCGUGAAUGAAACCUGCGCAUGUGCACAUGAUAACCGUUGGAGUUGUUAAUAGGGUUAUAAUAAUUAUGCAAACCGACCUUUCAUCAAACCAUCGUUGGCUCAAUUGGUAAGGACAGAUUAAUAGAACUUUUGAGUUGUGGGUUUUAAUUUCAGUAUAUAUUCAGUUUUUUUGCCUUUGUGAAUAGUGAGGCAAAGCAAUAAAUGUUCCUAGUCUAAUUUGUUGUGACCUCUUUGCAAGCUUUCGUAGCUUGUUAUGUAUAGAAAAGAGUUCAUACUGGAAUCUGGGCUCGCUUGAGUACGAAAAAAUAAGAUGCUGCCCGAUCAUCAUUUUUCAUGUCUAGUACUUCACGCGAGAGUGCGAAUCACGGCCAAGCCUUAAAGGUACUAUGUCCCAUUUGCAGGCCAAAAAAAUGAAAAAGUUAAAUUCCAACUGCAUUUGAAAGAUAAUACUAAUUUAGAACUUCCCUAA